CGCACUUGCAGGGGGCGCCAGGCGGGGCCGCUUGGAGCAGCUGCAUAAGCGCGGCUGGCUGGCGAGGGAGUUUUGCAGCCCGGCGGCAGCGACCGUGACCCAGCGAUGAGCAGCCCGAAAGUCCCGGCCCGGCCAGAAGCGGCUGCGGUGCCCCGGACCUAGGGCUGCCUUGCCCCCGGGCCAGCGGCUCGGAGCUCAACAGCAGCCGGCCCUGGAGAAGAUGCCCCCCCGGCUGGCACGGCCCCUGGGCGCCCUGGGCGCAGCGCGCUGAGCCAGGCGCAGCCGGCUGCUGCCCUGAGUGGCCUGGUGCUGGCGGGCCGGGGUCCCCCGGUUCUUCUGCGCUGAGCCGGCAGGCAGGCGGCUCCGAGGAGACAGGGACAAUGUACGCGGGGCGCAAGAGGAGGAAGCCCGUGCAGAGGACAGUGAAGCCGCCACCCCCAGAAGGUGUGAAGUUGAACCCCUCCAAGCGCCAUAGGGAUCGGCUGAACUCGGAGCUGGAGCGGCUGGCUAGCUUGUUGCCUUUCCCCGAAGAGGUCAUCUCUACCCUGGAUAAACUCUCCAUCCUGCGCCUCAGCGUCAGCUACCUCAGGGCCAAGAACUUCUUCAACAUUGCCCUGAAGAGUCACUGCUCCAAAGGGGGAGCAGAAAGGAAUGGUGACCAUGACAAUGGGAGGACCUGGGGACUGGCUGACAGAGUCAUACCAGAGGGUGAACUGCUAUUACAGGCUCUUCAUGGCUUUGUGCUGGUGGUGACGUCUGAAGGUUUGAUAUUUUAUUCCUCGCACACGAUUCAAGACUAUCUUGGAUUUCAUCAGACAGAUGUCAUGCACCAGAGCGUGUUUGAGCUGAUCCACACCGAGGACCAACAGGAGUUCAGGCGCAACCUUCACUGGGCCCUUAACCCACCUCCCACUCCCGAGAGCAAACCAUCGCCUGAUGGUGAAACAAGUAUCAGCUCCUCCAUUAUCACUUACAAGCCCAGCCAGCUGCCUCCCGAGAACUCCUCUUUCCUCGAAAGGAGCUUUGUGUGCCGAUUCCGCUGCCUCCUGGAUAAUUCAUCUGGGUUUGUGGCUUUAAACCUUCAGGGCAGGUUGAAAUUUCUCCACGGCCAGAAUAAAAGGUCUGAGGAUGGGUCCCUGCUGCCGCCCCAGCUGGCUCUCUUUGCCAUCUCCACUCCCUUGCAGCCCCCCUCCAUCCUGGAGAUCAGAACCAAAAACUUGAUCUUCAGAACCAAGCACAAACUGGACUUCACCCCCUUGGCAUGUGAUGCCAAGGGGAAGGUCGUGCUGGGCUAUACGGAGGCAGAGCUGCGGGUGCGUGGUACCGGGUACCAGUUCAUCCACGCCGCUGAUAUGCUGUACUGUGCUGAGAAUCACGUCCGAAUGAUGAAAACGGGCGAGAGCGGCCUGACUGUGUUCCGUCUCCUGACAAAAGAAAAUCGCUGGAAGUGGGUCCAGGCCAAUGCUAGACUCGUCUACAAGAAUGGCAAACCCGAUUACAUCAUUGCCACGCAAAGGCCGCUUGUAGAUGAAGAAGGAGGGGAGCACCUUCGGAAACGUUCUAUGCAUCUUCCUUUUACCUUUGCUACAGGAGAGGCACUAUUAUAUCAAACACCCUACCCACUUCCUGGCUUCCCUGACCCUUUCAACAGCAAAGGGAAAAACAACAGAUCCAAAAAGAAUUCUCACGGUAAAGGGGGAAGGUCUCAGAAGGACAAUGUAGACCCAAACUCUCUUCUGGGAGCCAUGAUGAGGCAAGAUGAGGCUGUUUAUGUCUCCCAUCCAGCUUCUACUCCCAAACAUUCCUUCAGCAGCAAUCUCUUCAGCCACCUGGGAGAAUCUGGUUUAUUUGGGACUGGAGGAGACAACUGGAAUGCAGUUGCUAAUCCAUUGUCCUUUGGGGAAAAUAGUCCCAAGCAGGAGCUGGCUGACUUGAGGCAAGGGGACCCACUGUUGACCACGCUGGAUUCUUUCUCGAUUAGCAGUGAUGAAAACUGUUCAAAUAGCGAGCUGUUUAAUGCUUUGGAGGGUAUGGGGCUGAAUGCUGAGGAUCUGGAGCUCUUGCUGUUGGAUGAAAGGAUGGUGAGGGUAGAAACGGACCUGGAUUAUAUUCCUUCUCUGAACGAUCUAUUAACAAACAAUGAAAUCCUCUCCUAUAUUCAUGGCUCACUUGUAAACAAAUGUGAGGAUGAGCCCACUGGGGAGCAGCAGGCCUGUUCCUCAUCAGACCCAGGCCAGAAUCCAAGCAAAGAUGCAGUGGUGUAUCCAUCUCAGAUGCCAGAGAAAGGAUCCCAGUGCUCACACCAGUCCCUGCCACAAAACCAGCAAUCGCUGAUCUUGCAUCUUCCUCAGCAAAUGCAGCAGCACAUUGUGACCCAAAACCAGCAGAGCAGCCAGCCAUGGGAGCAGCUGUUGCCCUCAGUUCUCAGUCCGCCAAUGCCCCUGCUGAUGAAGCAGGCUGAGGAUAAGCAGCAGUCUAGCAGUCUGCAGUGGAGGCCACCAGCAGGAACAGCUGAGCUCGGGCUGUCUCAGUUUGUACGGUCACCUCUUGGUAAUCAGCAGCAGAGUCCACAAUGGGUCAGACCUCAUGGAUCAAACCAUCUCCAUCAACCCAUAGAAAUCCCUUACAGACAUCAGCAACAUGGGCAGCAUCAACCAUUCCUGCAGCAAAGCCAGCCUUGCAUCCAACAAAACCAGAUCCAGGCGCGCACAGAGCCACAGCUGAAACAAAAACCCAACCAGCACUUGUUAGUGAACGGCCUGUGCAGCCAUGCCUCCUCCAACCAACCAACCCUAGGGAAUAACACGUGGCAGGGCUAUAGCUACAGGCCUGCAAAUCAGCCACCCAGGGGCCUCCCAGCACAGACCAAUAUCUAUGGUGUCGAGCAGGAGCUGAGCUCCCAGCUCCGCCCAUCUCAGAUGCCAAACACGGGAGUGUCCACCAUUCAUUUUUACCUGAACAGGCUGUCCAACAUGGAGAUAGGAGAUAGAGGUAGAGAAGCAUCCCAAGAAGAGAUGACUCUGUGUUCGGGUUUUCUCCCCCCUUCCUCAUAUCAGGUCAUUUCUCCAAAGCAGCUGACCCCUGUUCCUUCAGUGUCCCAGUACCUGUGUCCAAAUUCAGCCUUGGAACACUUUGUGAAUAUCCAUGGACACCGGGAUGCCUCCAUGCACUCCUACAGCACACACACGUCAUUAUUAUGCCAGGAUAAUAUCCAUAAGCCCGAAAAUGAUUGUGUUUUGACCAACGCUAAUGUGGGAUACCCCAGAGACUGUCUCCUGCCCAUCAGAAACCCUGCUUCCUCAGAUGAGCUGCAUUCCUGCACAGAACUGCUUCCAAAUCAUUCUAAUCCCUCCAGCAGUGGCUUUUAUCUUUAAGAGUGGGCGAUUAGAUUGGCCAAACCAGGAUUAUUCAGACCAUAUGGAGAAAUGGUUGUGUUUUAAGUUAUGGAAAACAAGCAGCCAUUUUUUUUCUGGCUAUUUUUGUCUCGUCUUUCCUUUUAUUGUUUUUAUCAACCUCACAUGAUAGUGAUUUUGACAGACAGGGCUUGGCCCUGAGUGAGAAGGAACUUCACAUGGUAGAGUUUAAUUUUCACAAAGAUAUUACCGAUCUGAGCACUAAUGUUCCAUCUACAAAUGUCUAGUAGGGAAACAACUUUUAAUUCUUCACAACCCCUCUGUAAUGCAUUUAUAAAAAUAGCCCGGGCUUGAGCUAUGUACACAAAGUCUCAUUUGUCCGAUUAUCUUGGAAUGGCUGAGAGUUUUUUGUGUUCUUUGCUUCAUCAGUUGAGAGUUUCCAAAUGUCAGGGCCCUAUCUGUUUUCCUUUCAUGUUUCCCUGGUAGGGGUAUUGAUUGCAGAAAGGCAGAGACAUCCAGCUACAAAGGAAAAUCAGCUUGGAAAUAUCUUGAUCUAGCCUCAUAUCUUGCUUUUGUAGCAGUCUUUUAAAUUGAAUACAGAACUACAUUUUAACAUCAACAAAGACUACCCUGUUGAAGAUGUGACAUUGACAUAACAAAUCUUGCACUUUGAUGAAAAGAGUUCUCUAUUGCACUACACUCAUUUUUAGUUCUACUGUUACUUAAGAUUGUUGGGUUGCGGGGGGGUUUAAACACAUUUUACCGGUCUCUACAAUUUAGGACAUUUUUGUUUCUGUCGUUGAGCUCAGAAGUUCAACAGUGUGGAUAUUGUUUUGGUGAAGCCGCACCACUGUAAAAAAGGCAAAAGAUGUAGAAUUUCACUAACUGUGCACAGAUUGUAAUUAAUCUCUUCCUGCUGGGUUUGCCAAAGCUUUUUGAUUUGUUACAGUUUGCUUUUCCAAAAAAAAGCCAAAUUUCCCUAAUGACAUGGUUGACCAUGAAACAAUUGCGUUCAUCAGCAAGUUACUGUCGUGAAUGAAUACGUGAGCUGCUGCUUUUCCAAACAUCGCUCUAAAGUCACAUUCCACUAAGUCUGCAAACAACUGGCCUAUAUUCUCAUAUUACAUGGGUCCUUUCACAGCCAGACUUCAACAUCCAUAAGAGACGUUAUCAUUAAUUGAUUCCACAGAUUAGAGCGUUAGGUAUUGUAGUAAAUAUCACUGAUUGUCAUUUUGUUGUCUUCUGUAUGAUAUGCCCAAAUUAGUUGGUUUUGACUCUCAGAGUACCUAGCAUGUAUUCUGUCUGAAAGUGGAUCUAAACCACCAAGAUUAUUCAAAGCCACAGGAGCUCAUGUGUAGGUACUUAACUAUAAAAAAUUAGGAGCAGACUGGCAUAUAAGCCAUAUGUUGUAUCUGUGCCUAAAAAGAUUGCAAAUAAGUAGAGGACUUGACUAGUUCAGAGGAAGAGUCAGAUUACUGUACAGAGAAGUUUGCAAUAUGAUAAAGAAAAUAAGUAUAAUGAUACUUAAUUUUAAAUGCUUGACAUAGUGAUAUUUUCCCACAAAAGAAGUACAACCCAUACAUAUGUAUAUAAUGUGAGCCAACAGAUAUAUUUUUAUGCUACUCCAGCAGAGAAAAACAUAUCUUCCCAAGGUAUUCAAGUAACAUCCUUUGGAAUGAGAAAAAUAGAGUAUUCAAAGGAUUAGAAAUUCUUCUUCGAGUGCUUGUUCACGUUCAUUCCACAUUAGGUGUGUGCACACCGCGUGAUCAGGUGCUUGGAGGCUUCCAGCACCCACCCCAGGCCGCAGGGCAUGCCGCAGGCCCACAGCUUCAAGGCUUGCGCCACAUGCCGCAAACCUAUGCCAGUUAGUGACCCCCAUGACUUGUGUCUACGUUGCCUGGGGGAUGGACAUCAAACUGAAUGGUGUAGGCAUUUAAGCCAAGAAGGAAGGAAAGAAGACUUUCGUUUAAAGCAGCUGUUGAUGGAGGCUGCAUUGCAGCCACUGGGCCCAGAGCGCCCAACACCAGCUCAGGCUUCCUUGGUGUGUAGUGCCCUGGAACCGUUGGGAGACCCGGCACCUGCUAAGCACGUAAACUGUCAGCCCCAGAGUGCCAGACUAGGCCUUAGCACCGCUCGGCCUCCCCGGUGCAGCCGAAAGGAAGGCACAGUCGUUCCCGUCACAGGAGGCUGGUGCUUCCCAAGGCCCCGAACAUUGAUAAAAGCAAGAAGGUCGCAGUACCGGCGCCGACACCAGCGGUCCCGGCAGCACAAGCCCCACCGAGCCCAGACCUAAGUGAGCUCAGUGCGGACAAUGGGCUCAAGGGCAUAACAGAUCAGCCCUCCACGCUGGGCACCUUUGAGGCUGCAAAGGACCUUAUCAAGCUGUCGGCGGCGAGCCCCCUCCCGUAUGGGGAGAACCCUCCAGCACCCAUGCCUCGGGUGCCGUCGAGGGGUAAGCCGGCAAUGAUGUGCCGCUCGAGGACACCGUCCCAGCACCGCUCCCGGAGUUGGCCCCGGUCGAGCUCUGACUCCGCGGACUCACAGUUGCCAGCGGUCCAGAAGGAGGUCGCGGCACCGGGAGUGGGUCGGCGCAAGGAAGUACCGGAAAGGGCACACCGCUCUCUGGCACCACCCAGAAACCGGCCCUGGGAGGAGUUGAGAUGGCCCUCGCCAGAGGACUCUCACAGACAGUCCUGGUCCACGGAACGCCAGCACCAGUCCUGGUCCAGAUCCUGGUCCUGGUCCUGGGGAUACCGAUAUUGCUCCCGCUCAGCCAGGAGCCGCUCGUUCUCCUGCCGGAGCAGAUCGUUGGCACCACCGUGGCCUUCGCAAUCGGCGUCGCCAUAGUCCGGCACCAACACCGGCCGCUAUAGGUACCCGCACCGGGCCCUGGACAGCAGGGACCCUCAGGUGGGCUGGCAACCCAGGCCAUUGGCCCUUCUGGACGCUCGGGCCUAUCAGGAGCACCAAGGGGCCCCGUCCAGGGCAAGUUACUUGGUGCAGCAGUCCCGGUGCCCGUACCAACGCCAGACAGUGCCGGAGGCUACAGUAUCGAGGCCCCCAGCAUCCCCCCAGGAUAAACCGGAGAGACCAGCACCGAGUCUGGUGCCGUCCCAUGGACUCCCGCCCCCGCCUGAGCCGGAGGCCCCUCCCACAGGAGAAGGGGAGCAGGAGGACCAACCAGAGGGGGUCGAGCAGCAGCUAACCUCCUCGUCAUCCCCGGAUGAGGCGGUGGUGGGUACAGAUAUGUCCAGUCCUCCACCGAUAGACCAUAGAGCCCACCAGGAGUUGCUGCGCAGGGUCACCCAGAACUUGGGGUUGCAGGCUGAGGAGACGGUUGAGCAGGAGGACCCCAUGGUGGACAUUUUGAGCCCCGAAGGUCCAUCCAGAAUAAUGCUCCUGCUCAUUAAGAUCAUUCAGUCCAAGUAUAAGACCAUAUAGCAGACCCCAGCCUCCAGCGCUCCAACGGCUACAGGAGUGGAGUGUAAAUACUUUGCCCCAUCUAAGGGCUAUGAGUUCCUGUUCUGCCACCCAAGUCCAUGCUCCCUAGUGGUCUCAUCGGUAAACGAAAGGGAGAGCCAUGGACAGCAGGCCCCGGACCCUAAGGCCAAGGACGCAAAAUGCCUGGACCUUUUUGGCAGAAAGGUGUACUUAUCUGGGGGCCUUCAGUUGAGGAUUGCGAACCAGCAGGCCAUCCUCAACCGGCACAAUUUCAACUACUGGGCAGCAGUGGGGAAGUUUAAGGACAACCUCCCACAAAGUUCCCAACAGGAGUUCACGUCCCUGGCGGACGAGGGCAAGGCAGUAGCCAAGACCUCUCUCCAGGCCUCCUUGGAUUCGGCUGACUCGGUGGCUAGAACAGUCACGUCAGGGGUGGUCAUGGGGUGCUCACUGUGGCUCCAGGAGUCAGGCCUGCUGCCCGAGGUCCAGAAUACACUCCAGGACCUCCCCUUCGAGGGGUCCGGGCUCUUCUCGAACCAGACAGACACGAGGCUGCACAGCCUUAAGGACUCACGAGCUAUGCUUAAGUCACUGGGUAAGCACGCCCUGGCAACCCAGAGGAAGCCCUUUUAGCUGCAGCCUCCCCCUCAACGCCAGUACCAGGCUCACCAUAGGCAUGAGCCUUACCGUAAGCGAGGCAGGGAUAACAGGAGAUGGUGCAACACAGUAACAAUAAUGUGCCGGGCCAGAACCAAGGCCAGCACAAACCCCAGCUGGGCACUAAGCCAGGCGUUUGAAGGUGCCCUCAAGGACAGUGUACCAGACCAGACAUAGAAUCAUAGACUAUCAGAGUCAGAAGGGCUCUCAGGAGAACAUCUAGCCCAACCCCCUGCUCAAAGCAGGACCAAUCCCCACUUUUUUUGCCCCAGAUCCCUAAAUGGCCCCCUCAAGGAUUGAACUCACAACCCUGGGUUUAACAGGCCAAUGCUUGAACCGCCUGUCCGUUUCUCCCAUACAUGGUUCACCAUUACAUCAGACCGUUGGGUCUUACGCAUGGCGCAGAACGGGUACUCGAUGCAGUUUGCCUCCCUCCCCCCUCCUCCCAUCCGCCUUCCCCAUCCCUCUUCAGGAACCCCUCUCACAAGCAUCUCCUAGAGAAGGAAGUCCGCUCGCUGCUAGAGGCGGGGGCGGUAGAGGCGGUGCCACACAGCCUAAGGGGGAAGGGAUUCUACUCCCGGUACUUCCUCAUUCCCCAAGGCCAAAGGGGGCCUUCUCCGCAUCCUAGGCCUGCGCAGGCUCAACAAGUUCCUGGUCAAGGCCCGGUUCCGCAUGGUCUCUCUGGGCACCAUCAUCCCUUCCCUGGUAUGCUGCCCUUGACAUGAAGGAUGCGUACUUUCAUAUCGCCAUCCACCCAGCACAUCGGCGGUUCCUACACUUCACCGUGGGCCAAGAACAUUACCAGUUUGCGGUUCUCCUGUUCGGUCUAGCCACGGCCCCACGAGUGUUCACGAAGUGCAUGGCGGUGGUGGCAGCCUUCUUAUGGAGGCAGAGAAUCUGGGUGUACCAGUACCUCGACGACUGGCUCCUGGCGGGCCGAUCCGAGGUGGAAGUGCGAGGCCAUGUGGAGGUGGCCCUGAAAUUGUUCCACAAGCUGGGGCUCCUGGUCAACGUCCCCAAGUCCAUGCUCAUACCCAUGCAGAAAGUGGAAUUCAUAGGGGUGGUCCUGGACACGGUGCAGGCCAGGGCAAGCCUUCCAGUAUCCCAAUUCCAGGCUUUCCAGCAAGCGAUGGCCUCCCUGCACCAGUUUCCAAUGACAACGGCCAGGUGCUGCCUGAGGCUGCUGGCUUACAUGGUGGCAUGCAUGCACGUGGUCAGGCAUGCCAGACUGAGACUCAGGACUCUGCAGAUGUGGCUCGCUCGGGUGUACCGCCCAGGCAGGGACCCCCUGGACUUGGUAGUGACAGCCCCAAGGGACGUACUGGACUCCCUGCUGUGGUGGCAGUCCCAGCCUGUGGUUUGCAAAAGCAUCCCCUUUGCCGCCCCACAACCAGACCUGGUGCUGGUGAUGGACGCGUCAGACCACGGAUGCAGAACCCACCUGGGGGACCUCAUGAUGCAGGUGUUGUGGUCCGGAGCAAAGCGGUCACUCCAUAUCAAUGUGAAGGAGCUCAGGUUGAUUCAUCUCACCUGCCAGACCUUUCACGCCACUCUGAGUGGUCACAGCAUGAUAGUUCUGACAGACAACACUACAGCCAUGUUUUAUAUAAACAAACAGGGUGGGGCUCAUUCCUCGCCACUCUGUCGUGAGGUUCUCCUCGUCUGCAACCUUUGCAUAUCCCAUGCAAUUCACCUCGAGGCAUCGUAUCUCCCAGGGGUACAAAACAAGCUGGUGGACUCCCUCAGCAGGUCGUACCGCAUGCACGAGUGGAUGCUCAGGGCGGAAGUCAUGCUUUCGCUCUUCCACAGGUGGGGGUUUCCCCGGGUAGACCUGUUUGCCACCAGGGCCAACGCCCAGUGCUCACAGUUCUGUUUGUUCCAGGGCCGCAGCCUGGGCUCACUUGCAGACGCGUUUGCUAUCCCGUGGAGAGGGGACUUGAUGUAUGCCUUCCCCCCGCUCCCCUUGGUGCACAAGGCCCUACUCAAGGUGCGCAGGGACAAGGCGGCGGUGAUGCUCAUUGCCCCAGCCUGGACCCACCAGCACUGGUACACAUCGCUCCUAGAGCUGUCGGUGGAGGCCCUAAUAGUCCUGCCUCUACACCAGGACCUCAUUACGCAGGACGGCGGGUGGCUUCUCCACUCCAGCCUACAGUCACUGUACCUGAUGGCGUGGAAGCUCUGUGGCUAAACACCCUGGAGAGCC